AUGGCGACCGGGGCCAACGCGACGCCGCUAGAUUACCCUAAUAAAAAGAGGAAGAGGAGCCGAUGGAAUCAAGACACCAUGGAGCAGAAGACUAUCAUCCCUGGCAUGCCCACCGUCAUCCCUCCGGGGCUCACCCGUGAGCAAGAAAGAGCUUAUAUAGUGCAACUGCAGAUAGAAGACCUGACUCGUAAACUGCGCACAGGAGACCUGGGCAUCCCCCCUAACCCUGAGGACAGGUCUCCUUCCCCUGAACCAAUUUACAAUAGUGAGGGGAAGCGCUUGAACACACGCGAGUUCCGGACGCGCAAGAAGCUUGAAGAAGAGAGGCACAAUCUGAUAACGGAGAUGGUGGCUCUCAAUCCAGAUUUCAAGCCACCGGCUGAUUACAAACCUCCAGCAACUCGAGUGAGUGAUAAGGUGAUGAUUCCACAGGAUGAAUAUCCUGAGAUUAACUUUGUUGGGCUUCUGAUUGGACCGAGGGGCAACACACUGAAAAACAUUGAGAAAGAGUGUAACGCCAAGAUCAUGAUCCGGGGGAAAGGAUCCGUGAAAGAAGGAAAGGUCGGACGGAAAGAUGGCCAGAUGUUGCCCGGGGAAGACGAGCCACUGCAUGCUUUGGUCACCGCCAACACGAUGGAGAAUGUGAAGAAAGCUGUGGAGCAGAUCCGGAAUAUUCUGAAGCAGGGCAUCGAGACCCCCGAGGAUCAGAACGACCUGCGCAAGAUGCAGCUCCGGGAGCUGGCCCGUCUGAACGGGACCUUGCGUGAAGAUGACAACCGGAUUCUACGCCCAUGGCAGAACACGGAGACUCGCAGCAUCACAAACAACACAGUGUGCACCAAAUGCGGAGGAGCCGGCCACAUAGCAUCCGACUGCAAAUUUGCUCGGCCCGGGGAUCCCCAGUCGGCCCAAGACAAAGCCCGCAUGGACAAGGAGUAUUUGUCUCUGAUGGCUGAACUGGGAGAAGCUCCGGUACCAGCUUCUGUGGGAGCCUCUUCCGUACCGUCGAACCCUCCCCUGUCCAGCGGCCCAAGACCGUCGGGGCCAGGAAACAGCCAGCCGCCUCCGAACCGUCUGCCAUGGAUGAAUUCCGGCCCUUCCGAAAGCAGGCCCUUCCAUAACAUGCACGGGGGGAGCGGCGGCAGCGGUGGUGGACCCACGGGCCCCAGCGGCCCCCACAAUUUCCCUCACCCCAUGUCGAGCAUGGGAGGACACGGGGGCCACCCGAUGCAGCACAACCCCGGUGGCCCUCCGCCUUGGAUGCAGCCUCACAACCCCCCCAUGAACCAGGGACCACAUCCCCACGGCCCCCACGGCCCCCACCACAUGGAUCAGUACCUGGGCAAUGCGCCAGUGGGCUCUGGGGCCUAUCGCCUCCAAGGAAAAGGUAUGAUGCUGCCUCCGAUGGGUAUGAUGCCCCCUCCGCCCCCUCCGCCCAGUGGUCAGCCUCCCCCGCCUCCCUCUGGUCCUCUCCCCCCAUGGCAGCAGCAGCAGCAACCGCAGCAGCCGCCACCCCCGCCUCCCAGCAGCAGUACUCCCUUGCCAUGGCAGCAAAAUACGACGACCACCACCACCACGAGCGCUGGCACCGGGGGCAUCCCUCCAUGGCAGCAGCAGCAGCAGGGGGCGGGGGCAGCAACUUCUACGGGGGGCCCUCCGAUGCAAGGCAGCCCCUCCAUGGUGCCUUUGCCUCCCGGGGUCCAGCCUCCGCUGCCCCCCGGGGCCCCGCCUCCUCCCCCGCCCCCCCCGCCUGGCUCCGCGGGCAUGAUGUACGCGCCUCCCCCUCCUCCGCCUCCCAUGGACCCUUCUAAUUUUGUCACCAUGAUGGGGGUGGGGGUACCGGCCUUGCCGCCCUUCGGCAUGCCCCCCGCACCCCCACCACCCCCUCCCCAGAACUGAAGAAUCAUUUUUCUAUUGCCGUUAUUUU